AUAAAGGAGUCAGAGAAGGUGCUCCAGUACAUCCAAGACAAGUUUAAGGUCGCCCAGUUGGAAAAAUUAAAUCUGAAGAACCAGGCACUAAAGGUCCAGGAGAAGAAGCUCCAGCAGCAGCUUCAACAGAAAAAAGAGACGGGAAAAGCCGAGUACGAGGAAUUUUUCCAGGAGUACAGUGAGCAGAGAAUCGACAAAAAUCUGGAUGAACUUCAAGUCAACAGUUUGAAAGUACAACGUGUCCUCAGUUCACACAAGGAGAAGCUACAGAGUGUGACAUGGGAGUCUAAAGAGUUGAGCGAUGACAUCAACAACAGAAAGCAGAUGCUGGCAAAAAUUGAGGAGGAGAUACAGCAUGCUGAGGAGGAACGUUUAAAGGCAGAGGCCCUAAACCAGCACCUGCGCCGCCAGAUGUCAGAUUAUCAGGCUCCUGAUAUCACUGAGUACAUGCACGUCAAGGACAAAUACAAGAAGCUGCAGCAGAGCAUCCACACUUGGGAGAGGAAGGUUGGGAUUGCUGAGAUGGCCUUGAAGACCCACUCUAAAGCCUGGAGCAAACAGAGAGCCACUCUUACUCCUGCAAACAGUGCUGCAGCUGGAGUGAGGUCUGGGGAAGACCAAAUCCCAGUAAAGCUCCCAUACAUAGCAGAACACAACAUAUAGAGAAGCAGAGAAUUGAAAGGCCUGCAGGAUUCAUUAAAGGAUGAAUGGUCUGAAUGGAAUGAAUGGGAUGAAUGGGUGAAGGAUGGAAACUUUGCUACAGCUGCAAAUGCCUUGUUUCAUAAUAUUACAGUUAGUCAACAUUUGAUGAGUUGUCAUAACAACUUUGAUUCUUUCUUGUAAUGUUUGUUGGGGAAUGUAGAGAGAAAACAAUGUGCUGUUGGCUUAGAGGUUCCUCAUCCUGUCCAUUUUUUUUAGUCAUACUUAUUAUGUAUCAUUGAAUGCCUUUUACCAUGCAUCAUUACAAAGAAUGAAUUGUGCUGAUGUUCUUUAAGUAACAGCCCAAAUACAAUAAAUAAUAAAAAUAACCUUAUACUACAAAGAUAGUAUACCAUGGUUACAGUGUAUUCAAUCCAAUACAUACAAGUACCCAUACUUCAUAUGUUUAAUGUCUAAUAUAUGUUUCUUUAUAUAUUUAAAAUGUGCAGAUUUCUGAGCUGAGGUUGAAGUUACUCA